CGAAAGUACUGUGCUGACAACUGCGUAAACUUGAGGGGGUUGCCCGAGGAACAUCUGGAGUUGGAGGUGGCAAAAGCCAUAGCCGAGACGGGACCAACAUUUGGCAGAAGGAUGAUGAAGGGGUACCUCGCCGUGAAAGGGGUAGGCCUACAUGCUGCAGAGACUCGUAUAGGAUCAGUGCUUAGAACUAUACACCGACCUUACAAUGAAGCAAGACGCCAGGGUGCUCGCAACCUCAACCCCAUACCAUACCAAGCAGACUACAUGGGACAGAAGAUUCAUCUGGACCAGAAUGAAAAGUUGCAAAUGUUUGGGGUUACACAUGUUGUAGCCAUUUACGGCUAUAGCAAAAAGAUUGUUGGUCACUCCACCAUGGCCAUAAAAAAUAACCUUACCAUCUAUGAAGAUGUUUUCAGGCCUGCAAUACUAGCUAAUGGGAUGUGGGACCAGGUUCGCGUGGACCACGGGAAGGAGUUUUAUUUGACGCUCUUCAUUCAGGAGCUGCUGUCACCUCAUCGCUACACUCAAGAGAGAAGACCUUACUUGCAAACUCCAUCCACAAGGAAUCACACAGUUGAACGAAUCUGGCCAGAGAUAAAUAGCCGUGUCAACUACCCCCUGAAGAAAGCCCUUCUGCAGUUGGUGGACCAGGAAUUGCUUGACAUGGAUGACAGUCUUGUCAAAUACUGCGUGUCCUGCCUGACUGGUCAGCUGUGCCAGAUUGGUGUUACAAGAGUGGUGGAGUCUUGGAAUGCUCACCGUAUUCCAGGAAAAGGAACACCAAACGACUUGGCUGGCAGUGGGUGUCCCAAAAAAAUCCCACAGGAGCUGUUGCCUCACUCAGCUGAAGCAGCAGAACUUUACAGACAGCAGCUGGGAUCCACCCUAACACCACAAUCUACCUUUGGAGUAGAUCCAUUUUUAACAGAAGAAGACAAACUAAUGGCUGAGAAACAGUUUGCAGAACAAUAUUCUGACAUUUCUGAACUGUUGUCUAGAGCAGUCAACAAUGAUUUCACACCAUACAAAGAGGCGCUUCUCUUUCUCAUUACCACAACUCAGCGCAAUGUGUAAACAUUUGGGUUGAGAUUUGUAAAAAAUACAAGAAUGUAAAAGAGUGGAAUUAGUGGCAGUGGGCGUAUGAACUCUGACCCACGUAAAAAGAAUAAAACAAAAUAAAAACAACAAACACUCAGUACUCUGUAAACAAAAUAAAAACAACGUAAAAACACUCGCUACUCUGUAAACAAAAUAAAAAUACUUAUAUUACUCCUCUUCAAAAAGAGACCUCAGGACAGACAGUGCCUCAGAUAGGCCCUUAACUUCAAACAUGCUGUCUCCUUCAACACUUCCCCUACAUUUUGCACAGGUGUCGGAGUUCCUAUGCCACUCCUCCACACAAGUUUUGCAGCCAAUGAGGGUUUGGCAACACUGCGUGAAG